UUGUAUAUUUCAAAGUCCUCCUCCCCUCACCCAAACGCGAUUACAGCGCCAGAGCUACUGAAAGACCCAAUCAUCACCGAGGAGGAAUGCGCAUAGAGGCAGAUAUUCUCCGGAUAUUUGUAGGAAACUUUGGCAUCGCUGAGUACUUUAGACCGUAUGAUGUCGAAUUGGAACCCGUACAGGCGCAAUUCUAUAUGCUUAUUCAUGACUCAAUGGGCGACUCCAAUAUGAGGAUUAAAUGA